AUCCAUUAUUUUACAAGCUGAGAGUGAAUUGGAACGCGAUGAGGUCCCGUCACCUCAUACCAUAUCGACGGGCACCGCUCAGCUCGUUCGAGAUUCGCCGGUCGAUUGGUCAGCCAGUUGUUUGCCGCCGGUUCGUUUCGACCUGACUCCCAUUCCCGAGCUUAAUCCGGUGCGGAAUGCUGCCUUAAUUUGUCCGCAUCGCACGGAAGCGGUACAGGACACACCAAAAGACGCAAAUGCAGCCUCUGGAUCGACGCCAGCGGUCCCCGAUGUGGUCCUUGUCCCAGAAGAUCUACCGGAACCCCUUGAGAUGGCAUUUCUGGGUGCUGUUGAAUUGCCCCAUGCAUUCGAAUCCAUGGAUCCGAUCAAAUUGAACGAUUUGUUCAGCUACGUUCUGUCCUGUCGUUCCGCUUCCGCCUCGCCCGAACCGCUUACGCAAACGAUACUACUCACAAAGACUGACCUAUGGCUUCUCAGUCGGAAUCAUUCGAUCGAUGCGGAAACAGUGGAGGAAGCGCAUCAGACUACGGGGCCAGAUCCGAUGUACGGAGAUGUGCUUGUUCGUAUUCCAUUUCACCAACUCACUUCAUGGCUCAUCUAUCCAGAAAAUCCCCGGUACGUUCGUUGCUGGCGUUUUGAUGCUUGUUCGGUGAAGUCCGUCCGGUGA